ACCAAGCAUACAUUUUCUUCCUCCUCCCCACAGCGAAUGUUUUAAAAUGGACAGUUCCCUAAACAAAAGGCACAGAGCAAGAAAUAAUUCAUAGCCCUUUCCAACUUUGUGUUCAUCCUUGGAAUCCCUAAUAAGGACAUAAACGCCUGGAGGCUCAAGCUAAGCUCCCUCCAAACAGGCUCUAGAUCCUGCAGAGUGUCUAAGUGUUCUCCACAAAAGCCGUGUGGCCAGCAGGGUCACCCCGACUCACAACAGCGUUGUGACACUUGGCAGCACAGGCAGACCCUCAAGCUGGAGAAGUGAGCCUUCCGCUCUCCUCCUGUCCUGGCUUUCAACGAGGCGCUGCUGCUCUUUUAGGGACCAGCCCUGGUUCCUCUCUGCAGGGGCACUGGGGAAAGUUCUCUCAUUUUCCACCCUCUGUUCAUUUUGAAACCCAGCCAGAAUAAUACCUACUGUAAAAUGGAAAUUCAUUUAUGGACUCAAUUCUUUCUUUCCAGUUUCCUGCCACUGGCAGGAUAGUCACGCAGCAGAGUAUCAGCCACGGGAGGACCAGGAGCUUCAUGGUGUUGCUGACUCUGGAUGGAUGUGCGCAAGUUUGCCAGAGACAAGGAUUUCACCAGGUCCUGCUGGGGAUGGAGCAGGGCUGCAGGCAGGAGCUGGGAGAACACAAGACUGCACAACUCUCCAGCUCCUCUCGCCAGACUCCGAUCACCACGCAGGGGACCAUCAUGGUCAGCCGGGCGCUGCCCAUCCUGCUUCUCUGCCUGCUGCUGCUGCUGCAGGCCCAGGGACACUUCCGGAGAAGGAAAACCCAAGCGAGGCCCCAGGGAUCAAAGGCAAACUUCACUGUACCACCCAGAGUUAUAGGCCAGUGCAAGAAGCAUGUGAGCACACACUUGUGCAGCUACCACUGUCAGCACGACAUGGAGUGCCAAGCAAACAAAAUCUGCUGCACGGCGUUCUGUGGGAAUGUGUGCAUGAGCAUCCUUGAGUGAGUGGGGAGCGCCCCACAUGCCUGCUGCUCCCCGAGCCUCCACUCAGAGACCGCGCCUGCAGCUGAAGCGCCAGAGUUCCAGCUGUGAGAGUGGCGACAGGAUCACUGUCCUCAAAACUGCCCUCACAACCACUGUCAAAUAAAGCAGACCGUGGC